AUGACGGUAAAACCGACGACGUCGGUUGUAAUCGGUGGUUCCGGAAUGACCGUCCGUCCAGUGGCACAUUUCGCCCACGGCAAUGCAUCUGAUCGUGAGCAACGACGCCGUUCGAUCGUUAUACUUUCGCUACUGGCCACCAGUGCGUUUCUGUUUGUGCUGUCACUGUGCCUGCUGACAGCGCUGGUGCUGGUCGGACGCAAUCUGUCAUCGAAUGCUGGCAGUCAUGCCGAGCUGACAGCUGCUGUGUCGGAUGACAUGCAUUUAUUUAUCAACAACAACAGCAUCCAGCAGCAAUCGUACGACGGCGGAGAGCAAACGGCCAACGAUAUCGGUACCGGUGGCGAUCCGGCGCAGUACAAUCGUAGUACAAUCUUCCUUCCCAACUCGGUAUUUUAUUCCGUGCCACCAGCAGCGACAACAGUCCUACCAAACGGGACGACCACCGGUCAAAUGAAUCGUGUGUUCAAGAUGGGCUCGCAGGUAGUGGAAAAGUUGGGCUUCCGGUUGCCCCGGCACGUUUGGCCGGUACACUACGAGCUGUGGCUGCAUCCUGAUCUACAGCGUGAAACCUUUAGCGGACGUGUCGGCAUCGAGCUGAAUGUUUCGGAAACGACGAACUAUAUUGUGCUGCACAGUAAAAUGUUAAAUAUCACGGAAACGGUGCUACGUGCGCUGGUCGUCGAUGAGAAGCAGAAGGAGCGUGAAAUAAGCAUUUCCCGUGCGUACGAAAUGCCGGAACACGAGUACUGGGUGAUUGAAACGCAAGCCGAAAUAGGGGCCGGAGCGUAUAGGUUAAAUUUGCAGUUUGACGGUAACUUGGCGGAUCGUAUCAUCGGGUUCUACAGCAGCAAGUACCUCGACAAGACAACGAACCAAACGAGAAAAAUUGCAACAUCCAAAUUCGAACCAACGUUCGCCCGGCAAGCCUUCCCGUGCUUCGACGAGCCGCAUCUGAAGGCUGAAUAUACGAUCCACAUGAUACACCCGUCCGGCGAUGGAUACGAGGCACUGUCGAACAUGAACGUGUCGGAAAUCGUGCCAAACACACCAUCCGACGGGCUAACCACGACAACGUUCGAAAGGAGCGUAAAGAUGAGCACCUACCUGGUGGUGUUCAUCGUGAGCGAUUUCCUGUACAAGGAGGCACUGAUAACGCCCGAGCACGGCAACACAUUUCCGUUGCGCGUGUACGCUACACCGUUCCAGCAGGCCAAUAUCGAUUUUGCGCUGGUUACCGCACGCACUAUCAUACAGUAUUAUGUGAAAUACUUUGGAAUCGCCUACCCACUGCCCAAGCUAGAUAUGGCCGCCAUUCCGGACUUUGUGUCAGGUGCGAUGGAAACCUGGGGUUUGGUCACAUACCGCGAAACGUCCAUCCUGUACAACAGUGCGACGAGCAGUACGGCCAACAAGCAGCGGGUGGCAGGGGUGAUUGCACACGAGCUUGCCCACAUGUGGUUCGGCAAUCUCGUCACGAUGAAGUGGUGGAACGAGCUGUGGCUAAACGAAGGUUUCGCUAGCUACAUCGAGUACAAGGGCAUGCACGAAGCGAACCCGGACUGGGGUAUCGAGGAACAGUUCAUCAUCGACGAUCUGCACGGUGUGCUAAAUCUGGAUGCGACGCUCGGUUCACAUCCGAUCGUAAUGUCGGUCGAAAAUCCGAACCAAAUAACGGAAAUUUUUGACACCAUCACCUACUCCAAGGGUGCGUCGGUGAUACGGAUGCUGGAGGACUUUGUAACACCGACCAUCUUUCAGCAGGGCGUCACACGCUACCUUACCAAGCUGGCCUUCUCCAACAGUGUGUCGGAGGAUUUGAUGCGCGAGCUAGACGAGCUGGUAACGACGGUGAGCGUUACCACCGUGAUGGAUACGUUUACGAAGCAGAAGGGACUACCGGUGGUAACGGUCACCGAGACCUCGAUACAGUACGUGCUACGGCAGCAACGUUUCCUAGCCGAUCAGGAAGCAAACGAGACAGAAGAAUCGCCAUUCGGUUACCGCUGGUACAUACCGAUCACGUACGUGACCAGUUCGGAUGAGCCAGCAGCCGAACCGCAUCGCAUUUGGUUCCCGAACGAUCAGAACGAGGUGGUGUUCGAUAAGCCAGCGGGCAGCAGCUGGAUCAAGCUCAAUUACCGCCAGAUCGGGUACUAUCGGGUAAACUAUCCUGUAGCGAUGUGGCAACAGUUCGGUGAAGCUCUGCGGCGGGACGUGAACACGUUCACGAUAGGCGAUCGUACCGGGCUGCUGAAUGAUGCGUUUGCUUUGGCGGACGCCUCGCUGCUAGCGUACAAUCAUGCCCUCGAUUUGACGCGCUACCUGAGCGAGGAGACGGAGUACGUUCCCUGGUCAGCGAUUGCGAGCAAGCUAAAGACGAUCCGCAAUUUGCUGUACAACUUCAUCUCUUAUGAUGACAUUACGUCCUACACACAAACCCUUGUGAGCGAUGUGGUCCAGACAGUUGGUUGGGAUGUGCCGGCGGAUGGUGAACAUAUGAAAAACCUACUUCGUACCACGGUCCUAGAUCUGGCAUGUUCCUUCGGACAUUCGGGAUGCUUGGCUGAGGCGAGUAAACGCUUCCUUGAGUGGCUUAACGAUGGUGCCACUAUACAUCCCGACUUACGCUCCGUCGUGUACACCUACGGCAUACAGUCCGGCGUGUCGGUGGCUGACUGGGACAAGGUGCUGCAACGCUUCCGGGAUGAGAACGAUGCGAACGAAAAGACGAAACUGAUGGUUGCCUUAGCUUCGUAUCCGGAUCAGCGCACCAUGCGUCGGUUCCUGGAACUGUCCUGGGAUACGGCAUUGGUUCGUACGCAGGAUCAGCUAAGCUGCAUCCAGUACAUUGCUGCGAACCGGCACGGCGAACAGGCGGCAUGGGAGCAUGUGCGAGAAAAUUGGCCCCGUCUGGUGGCCCGCUUCGGUAUCGGUGAGCGUAAUCUUGGGCGAAUGAUUCCAUCGAUUACGGGCCGGUUCACGACACAGGCUCGCCUGUACGAGCUAGAAGAUUUCUUCGGCCGCUAUCCGGAGGCGGGUGCUGGUGCGACCGCUCGGCGCCAAGCGCUGGAAAACAUCCAGAACAACAUCAGCUGGCUCGAGCGCAAUGAGGCGAAUGUGGCCAACUGGCUUAAGGAACCGAGUGUCUAG